AUUGUGGUCUAAAUUUUGCAUUAUUGCCAUUUCAUUCCAUUUUAUUCCAUUUCUAUCUAUGAAUUGUGUUCUAUCUUUAAAUGUGUAAUUUGUUCUAAAUUUUGCAAAUUUUUGCUUUAAAAUGAUGUUGGUCUAAAGAAUUUGGCACAUACAAAAAAUUGCCUGUUAAAAAAAUUUGGGUGGUAAAUGUGAGAAUAUACAGAGAUGAAAUAGAGAGAAGAGAAAGCAAACAGAGAGAACGUGAGAGAAGAGAGGAAACAGACAGAACUUAAGAGAAGAGAGAGAGAGCCGAGAGGAAACGCAAACAGGGAGAUGUAGGCCGCGUUCGCCGCCAGGGUUCUGCUGGCUGCUGGCUGGAGAGAAAUAUUGCAAAAAUGAAGAGGGGCAAUUUCGUCCGAGAAAGUCUGACAGGGACCAAAAAGGAGGAGCAAGAUGUAAAAAAACUCCAAAAUGGUAUAUCUGCUCCAAUGCACACGGCAUGAUUUGUGCAGUACACUGACUGGACAAGUAAUAUGGCCUCAAAAGCCAUUAAAAGGAAGCCUUACACUGCUGAUAUUGAUAGAAGCGAAAAACAAAUGGAGGCAACCAUACCAGAUUCUGUGAGAGAACCUCUUCUAGGAAACAGUACUCAUGAACCCCAAUCGGAUAGAUAUGAACCUACUCUGCAGCCAGAUUUAUGGGAUGGUAAAGGACAAGAGUGCCUUGGUUGGAUUCAUCUUAUAUCAACUUUUAUUGCUCGAUCUGUAAGGAAGAUAGGAAUUGCCAUCUCUCAGUUUGGUUCAUUGCUAGCAAGGUUCUUUAGGUGGUCUUGUUCUUCCCAUGGUUCACAUAAUGAACAGGCAAUUCUAGUUGGUCUCAGUCCAAUACAGGAAGAGAGACUAAAGUUCUUAAGACAAAGGCUAAAUGUGCCAUUCGACAGUUCCUCUAUGAAGCAUCAGGAUGCUCUGAAAGAACUUUGGAGACUGGCUUAUCCCAGCCGACAACUUCCUCCUCUGAAAUCAGAUCUAUGGAAGGAGAUGGGCUGGCAGAAUUCUGAUCCAGCAACUGAUUUCAGGGCAGGGGGGUUCAUGUCCUUGGAAAAUUUAAUAUAUUUUGCUAGAAACUAUCCAGAUUCCUUUCAUAGUCUGUUACACAAGGCAGAUGGUAAGAGAGCUGAAUGGGAAUAUCCCUUUGCAGUGGCUGGCGUGAACAUAUCUUAUAUGCUAGUGCAAAUGCUUGAUCUGCAAUCAGGAAAAAUGAGCACAAAAGCCAGUUCCCAGUUUGUUCAACUACUUGGAGAAGACGAGAUGGCUUUUGAUAACCUUUUCUAUGUGGCUUUUCAGAUGCUUGACGCUCAGUGGCUCGCAAGACAAGCUAGUUAUAUGGAAUUCAAUGAGGUUCUAAAGUACACACGUAUUCGGUUAGAACAGGAACUUACAAUUGGAAGCAUUUCUAGUGUUCAGGAGAUGCCAUCAUUUAGAUUGCUAAAAAGGUAGCCCAUGUUUGUUGUUUACAGAAAGGAGUAUGUCUUACCUGUCA